GAUGGUUUAGUAAGGAAUCGCCACAGCACAAGGCACGAGCAAACCAUAUUAUGCCAAGCACCCAUCUUUUUCUGCAUGGGUGCCACGCUAUCUAAUCUUUCUUGAGCUCUUUACAAUGAAAAUUACAAAGAGAAAAUAAAACAGCAUUAUAAGUAACCAGUGGAGAAACGAAAAAGAAGAAAGAGAUGGCUACUGAAAUGGAGGAUUCACCCGAAAGAGCAGCCCCUUUUGCACCUUUUACUUUACAGAAACCUGUUCGAGAGGACUUUGAUGAUACCUUGCCCGAGCCAUGUAAAAUGGCGUCUUCUGCGGAUCCAUGGAUGAAGGAAUAUAAUGAAGCAGUAAAGCUUGCAGAUGAUAUCAGUGGCAUGAUUUCAGAACGGAGUUCUUUUCCUGCAUCAGGACCUGAAACGCAGCGUCAUGGAUCUGCUAUAAGAAGGAAGAUUACAAUUUUAGGGACCAGGCUUGAUAGCUUGCAAUCCCUUUUGACAAAACUUCCUGGGAAGCAGCAAGUAUCAGAGAAAGAGAUGAAUCGUCGGAAGGACAUGGUUGCAAAUUUGAGAACAAAAGUAAACCAGAUGGCUUCCUCAUUGAAUAUGUCAAACUUUGCCCACAGGGAUAGCUUGUUUGGUCCUGAAAUAAAGCCAGCUGAUGCCAUGCGCAGAACUGAAGGUUUGGACAACCACGGCGUUGUUGGUCUUCAACGACAAAUUAUGAAAGAGCAAGAUGAGGGCCUUGAGAAGUUGGAGGAGACGGUAAUAAGUACAAAACAUAUUGCAUUGGCAGUCAAUGAGGAACUUGAUCUUCAUUCUAGACUUAUUGAUGACUUGGACCAACAUGUGGAUGUUACUGACUCCCGCUUACGGCGAGUGCAGAAGAAUCUGGCGAUUUUGAAUAAGCGCACCAAGGGUGGCUGCUCCUGCUUGUGCAUGCUUUUGUCCUUUGUUGGUGUUGUUGGUCUGGUUGUCGUCAUUUAUCUCCUGAUCAAAUAUUUGUAACACGGCCAAUAGCAAACACACCCUUUUUCGCUUGUCAUUCUUGUGUGCCAUGUUGUGCAAUUGCCCCUAAUUUUUGGUUCAUGUUGGAACAUUGCGUUUGGCUUUUAUCUUCUCUUUUGAUGCUUUGUGAGCGAAGCAAAAUUGCCAAGGAGUUGAGCAACUGUGUAAAUUAUAAACAUCAGGCAAUUUUGUGGAUUAACGCAUUUUAAAUUAUAUAUGGUUUCUGCCUACUUUUUUCCUAAA